UAACAUAUUUUUUUCCGCCUUCAAGGUCGACAAAAAGUCUUCUUAUUUUAGCAUUGAAGUCCUGAUUAAAUGUAUGAAUAGAUGUUAGGAGUUUCCUUACUAGGAUGAACUGAGAUUCAUCUCAUGAAGACCACAGGGGUCUAUUGUGACCAAUGACAGAAAACAUAACAGAUCGAGAUGGGUUGUGAUGGUGGAACUAUUCCAAAAAGGGAUGAACUUGUUAGAACAAAGAAGAAAAAGGAGCAGAAAGAUAAAGUGUCUGAAAAGAAUUUUCUUUGGAGACAUUGCAGUAUAACUCAAACUCCACUUAGUUCGCCCAUUGUCGCUUGUGGACUGGGUAGACUAUAUAACAAAGAUUCCGUCAUAAUGGGAAUUUUAGAUAAGGGAAAUUUCCCAGAAGUAGCUAAACACAUAAAGAAUUUGAAGGACGUUAAAGAGCUUCAGCUGACUCCCAAUCCUGUGUUUAACGCAAGUGCGAUUAAAGGAGACAGCUAUGAUGAUCAUUUAAGUGCACCAUACAUCUGCCCACUUGUUGGAAUAGAAAUGAAUGGAAAUUUUAAGUUCUGUUUCAGUUGGUCAUGUGGAUGUGUUUUGUCAGAAAGAGCUUUUAAAGAAUUAAAAUCCAACUUAUGCCAAAAGUGUCAAAAACCCAUCUCUAGUGAAGAUAUUGUCGUAUUAAAUCCUGUUGGUGAUGAUAUUGAAGCAAACAGAAAGAAAAUGGAAGAAAGGCAGGCUAAGUUGAAAGCAGAGAAAAAAUCGAAAAAGAAAGUUGAAACGAACGAAACCCCUCUUGAAGAUAAAAAAAACGGCGAAUCAAAAGCCACAUCAUCCAAGAAACAAAUUCCUGGUGAAAAUGGGAUAAAACGUCCUGCUGCUGGAAGCCUUGGAAUGCAAGUACCUGACUUUAAAAAGACUAAAGGAAGUUAUUCAGUCGCCCAAGAUCCUAAUGCUUCAACAGUUUACAAAUCACUAUUCACCUCAAGUUCAGCUGCAAAGACACAAGAUAAAGCUCAUUGGAUUACGUAUAAUCCUUUUUACAAUUAAUUAUAAGAUUUAUGAUUUUGGUGUA